ACGGAAGCAGGCUUAGUCUGAGCGGGCCGAACCAAACAAUGAAGGCCGCAGCUAAAGGCUUAAAGCCCAUUUGAACAGACGAGACUGUUAUCCCGGUAUCACAGUCCGCAUCGCGAAUCACAGUUACUAUAUGUAAAUCAUCGUCUGUCAUCAAUGGCGGCUGCUUCGUCCUUCACCACCGCAUUAUCUCGGCUUUCACUCUCUCGUUGCUGCGCACGCCCUUCUGUAUCUUCGUUAUUUACAUCGUACCCUUCUUUUCUCCUUCACAAAGGCCAGAAUCCGAUCCGAUUGAGAUCGUUUUCUUCAAUGGCGGCCUCUGAAUCGAAGGAUUCCCCUGCUAGCAAUCCUGGUCUGCAUACUACCCCUGAUGAAGCCACCAAAGGGUACUUCAUGCAGCAAACUAUGUUUCGAAUUAAAGACCCGAAAGUCAGUCUCGAUUUCUACUCUCGAGUCCUGGGGAUGACUUUGCUGAAGAGGCUGGAUUUUCCUGAUAUGAAGUUUAGCUUGUACUUCAUGGGCUAUGAGGAUCCUGCAUCUGCUCCAAGUGAUAAUGUAGAAAGAACAGUGUGGGCUUUUUCUCAGAAGGCUACUAUUGAACUAACACAUAAUUGGGGAACUGAAAGUGAUCCCGAGUUCAAAGGAUAUCACAAUGGCAAUUCUGAUCCCCGUGGGUUUGGACAUAUUGGUAUUACUGUUGAUGAUACUUACAAGGCAUGUGAGAGGUUUGAGCGCCUCGGGGUUGAAUUUGUUAAAAAGCCAGACGACGGAAAAAUGAAAGGGCUAGCAUUUAUCAAGGACCCUGAUGGCUACUGGAUCGAAAUCUUCGACCUAAAGAACAUGAAAAAUGUGGCUGAAGUUGCUGCUUGAAGUGGCGCACCUAAGAUAAGGUACCCUUAAGUAUUUACUCAUACAUAUGCUGCCUAGGAAUAUUUUAGUUUCUGGAAUAAACAAUGUGUUCUCAACCAUAUAGCAUACAUCUUUGAGAUCUGCUGUUCUUGAAGACAUCAGAUUGGACACUAUCACUAACAUAUAACAUUACCUCUGCUUUUAACUACACGUAUGGCUUCUAGACCUAUGGCCAUUGUUCUUCAAACAGAUUCCCUGAAGAUCAAUCUUGCCACAUAAUAUUACCCACUUAUUUCUGCUUUUGUACUCUUAACAAUGGUUUCAACUGGAGAUUCUAAUCUAUACUUAUGACCAGUUUUCUUCCUGUGUUUCUACUUCCUUGUUCUCAUGGCAGUCAACUUUUAAAUGAGUUUGGUUACCGAAUAGUUCAAUUCUAUGUAGAAUCUCAAAAGUUAUGAAUCUUUCAAUUACCAGGAUAUUAUAAGCGGAUAAAAUAUUGAUCUAGUAAACUCUAUAAUUUACAUCGUGCACUCCAUUUUCUAUUAAAGAUAAACAAUGAAAUAUGAUCAAAUAUAUGUUACGAUAAUUUCCAGAUUGUUUAGCAUAUCAAUCUGUAUUUUGGUUACCUUAGUUCUGCCUAGUGUUACAUCACAUGAUGAUUCGUUUAAUAUUCUUUUAUUUGAUGAGGAAUGAAUGAGUUGUUCUCAGGAAUGAAUGAUCUGCUUGGUUUCCUUUCCACUACAAAGAACUGAAUUUCAAUUUUCUAUAGCAGGGAAAGUUAGUAAGUGGCAUUUUCAGACAUGAAAGCAUUGUAACUUCAAAUACACUCAAGCAAAGACGAAAAAAAACUCCUGUACUAGUGCCAGAAGUAUGGACUCAUAUCUCCUGUCUUGAUGCAUUUGUUUCUUGUCCUUUUCAGUUUGAGGAAUGCUUUGCUCCACAAUCAGAAGAAAGGAAUCUCCUCCAAGAUAUGUAUAUUGUUGCAGUAGGUGACCUAUAU